UAAUGGAACUGCUUUUGUUUCUUUGUGCUUGACGGCCUCCGCUCAAGYGUUAGCAUUUCACCCCUUCGGAAUGUUGAGAGGGGACGUGAUAUGUGAAAACGGGUCCUGCUCUUGAAGCAGUACGUGUUGCUGCCACUGAAAAAUCGUUGUAAAAUACUAAGUAAAUGCAAGGUUUUUGUACGAACAAGACAAUCGGACUGGUGAAAUAGUUAAACAAAAAUUGUGGGGCUUUUAAUCUUAGUACAGCUUUUCAGUGAUAUGCCUGAGAAAGGCUGUGGGUUUUGUUACUGGUAUGAUUUCAAGGAGGAGUAGGGAGCAGAGCUUCAUAAGGUUUUGCUUCUGUCAGGUUGCUAAUACAAAAAAUCCAGACUUUCUUGCUUUGUUAGCUGCUGCCUCUGGAUGGUGGGCUACUUAAAAAUAGAUUCUGAAGCAUCUCURAAAACGCGAUACCAAAAAUUACAGUGUGUAAUAGCACUGAAGACAUGGCGAAGUCUGAAUCUUCAUUUGGUAAUUUUUGCAGAGAAGCUGAAAYACUGUAGUGUACCAUUGGCAGGACGAGUCAGGAAUGAGCCAGCCUUGCGAAGGAGGACCUGCCAUCCUAGCUGGAGAUAUCUGAAGAGAGGACUUUUCAGUCUUGUGGCAUGCUUCAGUAGAAAUUAUUCAGAAAAAGAUGGCUGGCUGUGGUGAAAUAGAUCAUUCRAUCAACAUGCUUCCCACAAAUAGGAAGACAAACGAGUCAUGUACCAAUGCAGCACCUUCCCUGCCWGUCCCUGAGUGCGCUAUCUGUCUGCAAACGUGUGUCCAUCCAGUAAGUCUGCCUUGUAAACAUGUUUUCUGCUAUCUGUGUGUGAAGGGAGCUUCUUGGCUUGGGAAACGAUGUGCACUCUGCCGGCAGGAGAUUCCAGAGGAUUUUCUUGAYAAGCCAACCUUAUUGUCACCUGAAGAACUCAAGGCAGCUAGCAGAGGCAAUGGAGAGUAUGCCUGGUACUAUGAAGGUAGAAAUGGCUGGUGGCAGUAUGAUGAACGUACCAGCAGAGAGCUGGAAGAUGCCUUUUCCAAGGGUAAAAAGAGCACUGAAAUGCUAAUUGCUGGCUUUUUAUACGUAGCAGACCUUGAAAAUAUGGUUCAGUAUAGAAGAAAUGAACAUGGACGUCGCAGAAAAAUAAAACGGGACAUAAUAGACAUACCAAAGAAGGGAGUGGCUGGGCUGAGGCUGGACUGUGACACCAACACUGUCAACCUGGCACGAGAGAGCUCCGCUGACGGUGCAGACAGCACACUGACUCCAGGGGCUGCAGCUGUGCAGCCUCUAGCWUCCAUUUCUGUGAGGCCCCUGCCAGCACUAGAUGGUCAGCUCAUGAGCCCUUCAACACCGUCACCUGAUGCAAGCAAUUCUCUAGAGAACUCUUUUGCCCACUUGCAAAUAAAUGGAGACAGUAUGGCUGAAAGGAGUCACAGGGGAGAGGGAGAGGAAGACCACGAAUCAUCAUCUUCUGGUAGGGUGGCAGCCCCCGACACCUCUGUUGAGGAGACCGAAUCAGAUGCCAGCAGUGACAGUGAGGAUGUGUCUGCCCACCUUCAGCAACACCCAUCCUCUGGUCAACAGAGACAUUUGAAUGCCAGUGCAAGCCAGCCAGGAGCAGAUAGACCAGGGGCAGGGGGUGGGGUGGCAAACACAAGUGUAAGAUCUAGAAGGCCAGAUGGACAGUGCACAGUCACUGAAGUUUAAAUCUAGAGCCAUGCAAAAAAACAAAAAGAAACAA